AGUAUUGCUGAAGAAAUUUAUUUCAAAUUUUAAAGACUUUAGAGAGCACUUGUCGGUUACUGAAUGGAACUGUACGAUUCCGUAGUGUGUGAUGAAAAAUAGAUCAAACAAUUAUUAUACGUUUAUAAACAUUUAAUAUUAAGACAAUGUCUAGAUCAUUUUAUGUGGACUCAUUAAUUGUGAAGGAACCAACAUUAUUUGCUAAAGAUGAUGGAAAGAGAAACAGACCCUCGACAAGCCCACAACAUGCAAGUAAAGCGUCAACAUUAUCCCCUACACGGAUACCAACACCGACAAGUUUACCUACAUUUCAUCCAGUACCAUGUUAUCCGCGUCAUCACGGUGACGUUAUGAGCUUAUGUUGUCCUCUCUGUAUUCCACCGCCAUCACAGCUAUUUCAGGAAAGAUCUGUAAAACAAAUAAUGCCACCAACAAGCGUGCCAAUAAGCUACUCCACAACACCAGUUUCUUCUACGGAAUUUCACUUAAGAAAUCUGCAAUCGUCCAACAGAAAUAACUUUGAAAUUUCGCACCCAACAGUUGCCAGAGAUCAAGGAACGGAUAUACAUAGAAAGUCUCCAAUCGAAAACGAAAUAAGUAUGAUCGACCAAAGGAGAAUACGAUACGGUGGGAUAGGAGUGACAAGUUCAACGGAGGAAAGCAGCAAGCGAAUCAGAACAGCCUUUACUAGUUCACAACUGUUGGAACUCGAGCGAGAAUUCCUUACAAAUAUGUACCUUUCAAGACUUAGGCGAAUCGAAAUCGCUACUUAUCUAAACCUUUCAGAAAAACAAGUGAAAAUCUGGUUUCAGAACAGACGGGUUAAAUAUAAGAAAGACAGUAAUGAUGAUUCAAUGGAGAAAUGCAAAUGUCUACGAACAUGUAAUUCCAAAGGACAUCAAAGACGAAGGUCUGAUGGAAGACAACAGCAACAUAUGGAAGUAGACAGUAUUACAAGUACUGACGAUGAAAAAUAUUUGAACGUUGCAUCAGAGUGUGACGGUGACAUUGAAAGUGUUUGUGCCAAGUCAGAAGAUUCGGAGACAUGAACAAAAAAAGCAAAUGAAAUCAACAACAGUUCACAUAGAUAAGAACAUAUGUAAAGUUCAAACACACAAUGUUUAAUUUUAUAUACUGUUUCACUUUAAACUGCGUUCUUUGCAAUUACUUUGUACAGAAAGACCGAUUAUAGUAACUAAGAAAGACUGAGAUAUAACUACAUUAAGAAUUAUUGGUACAGAAGCAUUUAUUAUUUUGUAAUAACGGAAUACGGAAUAUUGAAGGUAAAUGUACCAGCAAAUAUAUUGUAUAGGGCUCGAAACCAUAUCUUGAUAAUCGUCCGA